GCUCCACCAAACCCUCGCUCGCUCGUCGUCCUCCUCGCCGCGAAAAAAAGUCCCCCCCCCACCCCCCCACCGCCCACCGACCAAAAGGAUCGAAUCCGAGACUACAAUCUCGGAUUCGCUCGAGAUCAACCAACCAACAACACGCAGCAGCAACCCGGAUCCGUUCGUCUCCUUCAACCCGCUCGCUUCAGUCAUGGCAGGAAUGGCACCAGAGGGUUCCCAGUUUGAUGCUAAGCAUUACGACACCAAGAUGACCGAGCUCCUGAACCAAGGUGAAACCGAGGAGUUUUUCACUUCGUAUGAUGAAGUUCAUGAAAGUUUUGAUGACAUGAGCCUCCAAGAGAACCUGCUUAGAGGCAUCUACGCUUAUGGUUUUGAGAAGCCAUCGGCCAUUCAGCAAAGAGGAAUUGUUCCCUUCUGCAAGGGGCUUGACGUUAUUCAGCAAGCUCAAUCUGGAACAGGAAAAACUGCUACCUUCUGUUCUGGAAUCUUACAGCAGCUUGACUAUGGAUUGGUCGAGUGCCAGGCAUUGGUCCUUGCUCCGACCCGUGAGCUUGCACAGCAGAUUGAGAAGGUUAUGCGUGCUCUUGGUGACUACUUAGGUGUCAAGGUGCAUGCAUGUGUUGGUGGAACAUCUGUUCGUGAGGACCAAAGGAUCCUUGCCAGUGGUGUGCAUGUUGUUGUGGGCACGCCUGGUCGUGUGUUCGAUAUGCUGCGCAGGUCAUCUCUCCGCCCAGAUCACAUCAAGAUGUUUGUGCUGGAUGAAGCUGAUGAGAUGCUUUCACGUGGUUUCAAGGAUCAGAUCUAUGAUAUCUUCCAGCUCCUUCCAUCAAAGAUUCAGGUUGGAGUGUUUUCUGCUACCAUGCCUCCUGAGGCCCUUGAGAUUACCCGCAAGUUCAUGAACAAACCUGUGAGGAUUCUUGUGAAGAGAGAUGAGCUUACCCUUGAGGGUAUCAAGCAAUUCUAUGUGAAUGUGGAGAAGGAAGAGUGGAAGCUGGAUACUCUCUGUGACCUGUACGAGACCUUGGCAAUUACCCAGAGUGUUAUCUUUGUGAACACCCGCCGCAAGGUGGACUGGCUCACUGACAAGAUGAGGGGAAGGGAUCACACCGUCUCUGCCACACACGGAGACAUGGACCAGAACACUAGGGACAUCAUCAUGAGGGAGUUCAGAUCUGGGUCUUCUCGUGUGCUUAUCACCACUGACCUGCUUGCCCGUGGUAUUGAUGUCCAGCAAGUCUCCCUUGUCAUCAACUAUGACCUGCCCACUCAGCCUGAGAACUACCUCCACCGCAUCGGACGUAGUGGUCGGUUUGGGAGGAAGGGAGUUGCCAUCAACUUUGUCACCCGUGAAGACGAGAGGAUGCUCUUCGACAUCCAGAAGUUCUACAAUGUGGUCAUCGAGGAGCUCCCGGCCAACGUCGCUGACCUUCUCUAGAUUAAUGUCUUAGGAGCGUGGUAAGGGUACUGGAUAAGAAGUUUGUUUCUGUUAAAAAUCUCCAACUCUCGACUGUUGAGUGGUGGUAAGGUCUGAGUCUGUUUGAAUCGUGGUUAAGACGGUCGGUUUACUUUUCUGCAAUGUUCGGAAAUUUUUGUAGCGCGUAGGCUGUGCUGCGUCCCGGGCUAGCUGGGGUUGAGACACAUGAGUGUAUUUACUAUAUUUGUUAUGGAGCAAUGUUUCUUCCUAAU